ACUUGAAAAAAGUAUUUGCAGACUGUGACGGAGCUGGUGCUGAGAAAGGGCUUGCAGACUUUGUCCCGGACCUAGUGCUGAAAGGAAGACCCAAGAGCUGACUUCAUGGUGCUAAAAUAACCUUUCAUUUUUGCACUUUUUGCUCUCCAGGAGGACACACAUGUCUAAUAUUUAGACAUGAUGGCAAGCUGGAUGCAAACAAGAACUUUUUUAAUCCUUGCUGCUUUAUUAGGGCAAUUUGUAACAAUAAAAGCACAAGAAGAUGAAGAUUAUGGGGGUGAAGAAGAUGGUGAAGAAGUAGCCUGUACUCAGAAUGGUCAGAUGUAUCUGAACAGGGAUAUUUGGAAGCCCUCACCAUGCCAGAUUUGUGUUUGUGACAAUGGAGCCAUUCUUUGUGAUGAGAUCCAGUGUCAAGAUGUGCUCGAAUGCGAGAACCCUCAGGUGCCACCAGGAGAAUGUUGCCCUGUGUGUUCCCAUACAUCACGUAGUUUUGAUACUAAUGUUGGUAGAGGAAGGAAGGGAGAAAAAGGAGAACCUGGAAUAGUGCCAAUUGUUACAGGUAUACGAGGCCGCCCUGGACCAUCGGGGCCUCCAGGCUCACAAGGACCAAGAGGAGAACGAGGACCAAAAGGAAGACCUGGUGCCCGUGGUCCUCCAGGGAUGGAUGGGGAACCUGGUAUCCCUGGACAGCCUGGUGAUCCUGGUCCCCCAGGACAUCCAACCCACCCAGGACCAGAUGGAGUAAGUAGGCCGUUUGCAGCUCAGAUGGCAGGUUUGGAUGAAAAAACUGGACUUGGUAGUCAUAUGGGACUCAUGCCUGGUGCAGUGGGUCCGGUGGGUCCAAGAGGUCCUCAGGGUCUACAAGGAAAACAAGGUGGUCCUGGCCCAACAGGUCCACCAGGUGAACCUGGAGAACCUGGACCAAUGGGUCCAGUUGGUUCUCGUGGCCCAGAAGGACCUCCAGGCAAACCUGGUGAAGACGGUGAGCCUGGUAGACCAGGACAAGGUGGUGAGGUUGGAUUUCCAGGAUCUCCAGGGACACGAGGCUUUCCUGGUGCUCCAGGUCUUCCAGGUCUCAAGGGCCACAGGGGCCACAAAGGACUAGAUGGUCCUAAAGGUGAGACUGGAGCACUGGGAGCCAAGGGUGAAUCCGGUCCUCCGGGUGCCAUGGGUGCAACUGGACCUCUAGGUCCUAGAGGAAUGGCAGGAGAAAGAGGGCGAAUUGGACCACAAGGGGCUCCGGGUGGACGUGGUACACAUGGCAUGCCUGGAAAGCCUGGACCAAUGGGUCCUCUUGGUCUAUCUGGUUCUCCUGGUUUUCCAGGCAUUCCUGGUAUGAAGGGUGACGCAGGUCCAACAGGUCCACGUGGUCCAGAAGGCCCACAGGGGCAACGAGGUGAAACAGGGCCACAAGGUCCACAAGGAUCAUCAGGUCUUCCUGGGACUGAAGGAACAGAUGGUUCUCUUGGUGCUAAAGGCCCAACAGGAUCUCCAGGCACCUCUGGCCCACCUGGCUUAUCAGGUCCACCUGGCUCUCCAGGACCUCAAGGCAGUACUGGUCCUCCAGGAAUACGAGGCCAAGCCGGAGACCCUGGUGUGCCAGGUUUCAAAGGAGAAGCGGGUCCUAAAGGUGAACCUGGUCCACAAGGUUCUCAGGGUCCUAUUGGACCAUUAGGUGAAGAAGGGAAAAGAGGCCCUCGUGGUGAUCCAGGGUCAGUAGGUCCACCAGGUCCUGUUGGAGAAAGGGGUGCUCCUGGUAACCGUGGUUUUCCAGGUUCUGAUGGCUUGCCUGGACCAAAGGGAGCUCAGGGGGAGCGUGGUCCAGCAGGUUCUUCUGGUCCUAAAGGAGGCCAGGGAGAUCCUGGGCGUCCAGGUGAACCUGGCCUCCCAGGUGCUAGGGGUCUCACAGGAAAUCCAGGUGUUCAGGGUCCUGAAGGAAAACUUGGUCCUUUGGGUGCACCAGGAGAAGAUGGACGUCCAGGCCCAGCAGGAUCAAUAGGUAUUCGGGGUCAGCCAGGCAGCAUGGGUCUUCCAGGACCAAAAGGCAGCAGUGGUGAUCCUGGAAAACCUGGAGAAGCAGGCAAUGCUGGUGUCCCAGGGCAGAGAGGUGCUCCUGGUAAAGAUGGUGAAGUUGGCCCUUCUGGUCCUGUUGGUCCACCUGGCUUAGCAGGGGAAAGAGGAGAACAAGGUCCUCCAGGCCCCACAGGCUUUCAGGGUUUGCCAGGGACACCAGGUCCUCCAGGGGAAGGAGGAAAGCCAGGAGAUCAGGGUGUUCCUGGAGAUCCUGGAGCUGUAGGCCCAUUAGGUCCAAGAGGUGAACGUGGCAAUCCAGGGGAGAGAGGAGAACCAGGUGCACCAGGACUUCAAGGUGAAAAGGGUAUGGCUGGAGGUCAUGGUCCUGAUGGUCCAAAGGGCAAUCCAGGCCCCACUGGGACCCCAGGUGAUCCAGGCCCUCCUGGUCUUCAGGGUAUGCCUGGAGAAAGAGGUAUUGCUGGAACUCCAGGCCCCAAGGGUGACCGGGGCGGCAUGGGGGAGAAAGGUGCUGAAGGUACAGCAGGAAAUGAUGGUGCAAGGGGUCUUCCAGGUCCAUUAGGUCCAAUGGGUCCUGCAGGUCCCACUGGUGAAAAGGGUGAAUCUGGUCCACGAGGUUUAGUUGGUCCUCCUGGAUCCCGUGGAAAUCCGGGUUCCCGUGGUGAAAACGGCCCAACUGGUGCUGUCGGUUUUGCUGGUCCUCCGGGCCCUGAUGGUCAGCCAGGUGUGAAAGGGGAACCUGGAGAACCUGGACAGAAAGGGGAUGCUGGAUCACCAGGACCACAAGGCCUUGCUGGGUCUCCUGGCCCACCAGGUCCUUCUGGUGUUCCUGGUCUAAAAGGUGGUCGUGGCACUCAGGGUCCACCAGGUGCAACAGGAUUUCCUGGAUCUGCUGGAAGAGUCGGACCUCCAGGGCCUACUGGUGCUCCAGGGCCUGCCGGGCCUAUUGGUGAGCCAGGAAAGGAAGGCCCUCCAGGUCUUCGUGGUGAUCCUGGUUCUCAUGGCCGAGUAGGAGAUCGUGGACCAGCUGGGCCACCAGGUGGUCCUGGAGACAAAGGAGAUGCAGGAGAAGAUGGGCAACCUGGUCCUGAUGGUCCCCCAGGUCCAGCUGGAACCACUGGUCAGAGAGGUAUUGUUGGUAUGCCAGGUCAGCGAGGUGAGAGAGGCAUGCCUGGCCUGCCUGGACCUGCUGGCACACCAGGAAAACAAGGUCCAACAGGCCCACCAGGAGAUAAAGGUCCUCCGGGGCCUAUUGGCCAAUCAGGUGCCACUGGUCCAGUAGGUGAACCUGGUCCAGAAGGACCUGCUGGUAAUGAUGGUACUCCUGGACGAGAUGGAGCUGUUGGAGAACGUGGUGAUCGUGGUGAGCCAGGACCUUCAGGUUUACCAGGUGCUCAGGGUGCUCCAGGUACGCCAGGACCAGUUGGACCACAAGGAGAUGCAGGGCAGAGGGGUGAAGUAGGUUCUCGGGGUCCAAUGGGUCCACCUGGCCGUGCUGGAAAACGGGGCUUGCCUGGUCCCCAAGGGCCUCGUGGUGACAAAGGUGAUAACGGAGACCGAGGUGACAGAGGCCAGAAGGGACACAGAGGUUUCACUGGUCUUCAGGGUCUUCCUGGUCCACCUGGUCCAAUUGGUGAACAGGGCAGUGCUGGGAUUCCAGGUCCUUUUGGACCUAGAGGCCCUCCAGGUCCAGUUGGUCCUUCAGGCAAAGAUGGAAACUCUGGACCCCUCGGGCCAAUUGGACCUCCUGGUGUAAGAGGAACUGUUGGAGAAGCAGGACCUGAGGGUCCUCCAGGUGAUCCUGGGCCUCCAGGUCCUCCAGGCCCUCCAGGUCAUCUCACAGCUGCCAUUGGUGACAUUAUGGGUCAUUAUGAUGACAGUAUGGCAGAUCCACUGCCGGAGUUCACUGAAGAUGAAGCAGCCCCUGAUGACAACAAUAAGACAGAUCCAGGAGUCCAUGCCACAUUGAAGUCACUGAGUAGCCAAAUUGAAACUAUGCGCAGUCCCGGUGGCUCCAAGAAACACCCAGCACGCACAUGCGAUGAUCUAAAACUCUGUCACCCAUCAAAGAAAAGUGGUGAAUAUUGGAUUGACCCUAACCAGGGUUGUGUUGAAGAUGCCGUUAAAGUAUAUUGCAACAUGGAAACUGGGGAGACUUGUAUUUCUGCAAACCCAUCCAGUAUACCACGCAAAACAUGGUGGACAAGUAGGUCAGCUGACCUCAAACCUGUAUGGUAUGGUCUUGACAUGAACAGGGGUUCACAGUUUGUCUAUGGAGAUAGUGAAUCACCCAAUACUGCUAUCAUCCAAAUGACCUUCCUGCGUCUCCUAUCAAAGGAGGCUUCUCAGAAUAUCACCUACCAUUGUAAGAACAGCAUUGGGUACAUGGAUGACCAGUCUAAGAACCUCAAAAAAGCUGUAAUUCUUAAGGGGUCAAAUGACCUGGAGAUCAAAGCAGAAGGAAACAACCGAUUUAGAUAUACUGUUCUUCAGGACACCUGUUCUAAACAUAAUGGGAAUGUGGGCAAAACUGUCUUUGAAUACAGAACACAGAAUGUGGCACGUUUACCUAUCAUAGAUAUUGCCCCUGUGGAUAUUGGCAGUACUGACCAGGAAUUUGGAAUUGAGAUUGGGCCAGUUUGCUUUGUGUAAAAGGAAGUGGGGGAAAAAAAUUAACACACAAUCCAACAACAGCAACAUCAUCAACUAAACUCAAGAACUUAGACUGAUGGAAGUUAAUCCUGAGACUCUUGAAAUAAUGGCUGAUAUUGGAUCAGCUUGUAUAUACAGUUCAUUUUAAAUGCCUGGCCUCUUUCUGAAUAUUUAUUUUACUUACAAACUUCCAGUUUUAAAAGAUCCAAGCCAACAUUUUAGUGCAUCAGUACAAUUUAAAAAGGAUGAGCGGCCACCCUUUUAACAGAUAUUUUUUCCCCUCCGUAAUUCAAAGUAAUUCAAAAUUUAUAGGUAUUUUAAAUAGAUAUCUUAAAUGUGGGACUAUGUAAUAUUCUAUGGAAUACUUAUUUUUCUUCUUGGAUGCAUAUUGAAUUACAAAAAACAAAACAAAACAUCCCCCCCCCCAAAACAAAACAACCCAGAGCACUUUGAACUCAUUUAUAACAUUUACAGCAAAAUAUGCUUCCCCGCCCCCCUUGGCCUGUUUAAAUAAAACCAUUGAUGUUGUCUUUUUGCUAGUAUGAUAGUCAGUCAAAAUAAUCUAUGUCUUUUCAAAGAAGAAAAUCUUUUAAAGCCAGGCUGUCUUAAUUUGGCACUUAACUUCCCAUUGUAGGUGUAAGUCAGAAAUAGAUGGCUGCGUAUUUAUGAGACCUAGAAGAAAUCCCUCAAAUAUACACAUUUACAAAGUAAGAAAACACUGAGAUGAAUAUGAAUAUUUAGUGGACUUGGCCUACAUUUGAAUUUUAAGGGCCUUUCCUUUCUCCUUCUCUAAAAUCCAUGUAUAUAUAAAUCCUUUACAGAAUAUGUACCCUUAAAUAGCUCUGAAAAUGGAGACAAAUUGAUUUUUUUAAUACUUACCCAUCUAAUAAGCCAUUACUUAUCAAAUUUUACAUUGUUUUAAAUAUGUUGCUAGUUUAUUUGUGUUGUCAAGUGUGCCCAUGAAUACCAGGCCAGAUAUUUCUAAAGGCAAGAAUGUUCUAAAAUUAGUGGGUUUUAGUUAGCAACCAGACAUGCUUCACCAGUAAUAGUGACCUACUGGCCUUGAAUUAUCAGGGCAAGAAGAUCCACCAUUUCUUAGCAUGAGCUACCUCAUCUCUAGAAGUUGGGAUGCAUUUCAUAUUCCUGUUUUUACUUUAGAUACGAAAAGGUGCUAUGCUUCUGUUGUUAUUCCACAAAUGGAGAUAGGCAGGGCAAAAACAGUGAAAAAAAGCGAUGGUGCUAAAAUGACUUGUAUAAAAGCCUAACAAAAUAAAGACGAUUAUCACCAACAUCAUUUUGGAUGGGUGUAGCUGUUAGAUUUCUGAUGUUUGAAAGAACAAUAUUAAAGUGCAUUUUAUCUGUUGGUCAUUCAGUAUAUAUCAUGUUUUGUAACACCAGCAUGUUUUAUUAUGUAAAGCAUGUAGGUACAAAUGUACUUUGAGGGUUGUUUUUUUUUCUAUUACUUUAUUGCAUUUUUUUGCUCUCCGAGUUUUUUGUUUUUAUUUUUCCUUUAGACAAAUAAACAGCUGGGGCCAUCCUGAAAGAAAUGCCAUGCACAUAGCUUUAUUCAUGUAUCAUUGCAAAGCAUUUAAUUAAAUACAUGCUUCUUGUUAUGUCAGUGGUUUGCUUUUUGUAGAAUUCAUUCAACUUAUCUCAUAACAAGUCAUUGCUCGGGGGGAAAGAGAAGAUAUUUUUUACUUUUUUUUCUAUUUUAAAUUAUGCCUGUUUGUAAAAUGUGGACCUAUAGUAUUUUAUGCAUAGGAUUAUAAAGGGAAUUUAAAAUAAUCCUUUCUGUGACAAUUCUGAUGAGGUUGAAGUCACUACCUCCUCUAUUAAAGUUGCCAGGUUCAUAUUCUUUGGAACUCCAGAGAAUCAGAAUUUUUAUUUAUGACUAAAUAAAAUAUGAUGAUAAAAUCAGUGUGUUAGUUUAAAUGAUCUCUGAUACCAUAGUACUAAAUGUAGAGAUUUUUUUUUGCAAAAUUGCAUUUGCAGUAGGCAAAUACAAACUGUAUUUGUACUAGAACUGUAAAUUAUAAGGAUGUAUGCAUGUUUUCUGUAUAUGGUAGAUAUAUGCUGUGAAAAGCAGUGUUCUGGUGUUUAUGCAGAGAGAAUCUGUUUUACCUACAUGACAAACCUGGAUCUGUGGUUUUCACUAGCAAAAAAUUCCAAUUAAAAUGUGAGCAACAAUA